AUGACAUACGGAGCUGAGACGUGGUCAUUGACUAUGGGCCUCAUAAGAAGGCUCCAAAUCGCACAGCGAGCGAUAGAGAGAGCUAUGCUCGGUGUGCCUCUACGUGAUCGAAUCAGAAAUGAGGAAAUCCGUAGAAGAACUAGACCAACCGACAUAGCUCAACGGAUCGUCAAGCUGAAGUGGCAAUGGGUAGGCUAUGGAUGCGACAGUUCCUCGAGUGCUGCUCAGCAUAGCUCUGGCCGCACUCCUACCCAUCGCGACUUCGCAAGACCAGUUGGCGAAAGAGAACAUACCUCAUUCGAGACAGAAAAGGAUACUUUGGAUAACGAACGAUGGACGAUUGGCCUUGCCACCUGGCACGUCAAUGGCCAUCACACCGUCGCUAUCAAUGCCGUUCUUGACUUCGAUAAACUAGGGCUCACAGACAAUGAGAAUCCUUACGGAUCAUUCCCUCCUAUAUUGGCGCGUUCCAUGGGUCAAGCAGCGUUAUCCAUGAUGACAGACUAUGUUGGCCAGUACUUGGAUAGAAGGAGAGGCAAGCGCUCUGAUGAUGGCCAUAUACAUCCUGAUGUGGAAGCGGCAGUUCUUGAUAGGUUGCAUGGAGGAGAGAGAGCCCUGCUGUACGGCAUUGCUGAAGAUAUGCUGGCCAAUUUCGGCUUAUCUGGAAAAGAGUGUCUACUGCGUGCAAUCUGCGAGGUGCAAGCGCAUCCGCUUAACAAUUUUGGUUUCAUCGGUGAAAUCAUGAAGCUGUUCUUCACGAAGGAAGCCGAAGAUUUGCACCGGUUACAAGAACAAAAUAUUGAACAAAAUAUUAUAGAAGAAGCUCAAUAUGUUACGUUUGUGUGUAUAAUUAUGUUGAGUAUUACGCUGGAGACAGCAUCUGUCACUAAACGAAGCAAUUCAGAUCAAUCUGUAAAAGGAUAUAUAACAGAGAGGACAUGUUGGUGGAACGAAGUGUGCAAAGAGGAAUUUCAAACAUUAUUCAGAUGUAAAUGCCCUUCGUGGUCAUAUUGCAGAAGUCCAGGAAAGUAUUACAACGCUGUAUGUUCAAUGACGGAGACCGGAUAUAUCUGGGAUCAGCCAAAUUCCGAAUGGCGUGGACAAUGA